AUGGACAGUGAGCUGCAGGGUGAGCUAGACCGUGCGAUGAGCGCAGAGGGGGACGCCAAGAAGGAGUGCCUGUCUGCCUUGAUGACAUCCCUGCAGGAGUACGACCAGACGGCCAAGGAAGACUGCAUGACUGCGCUCCUCGUGUCAAUGGACGGCGACAGGAAGUCCAAGCAGGAGUGUAUGGGAGCACUGGUCGGCGCGCUCGAAGAGGACGACAAGGCCAGGAACGAGUGCCUGCAGGCGCUGGUCGGGGCUAUGACGGCGUCGGAUGAUCUGGACCAACAAGCCAAGACGGAUUGCAUGGGUGCGCUCAUUAGCGCCAUGGAGGAGGACGGCAAGGCCAAGCAGGAGUGCAUACAGGCGUUGGUCGGCCACGUGGGAGGGCAGGAUGCCGACGAGAGCGCCAAGUCUGAGUGCUUGUCCGCGAUGCUCGGUGCACUUGAGGAGGACGGCCAGUCAAAGCAGGAGUGCUUGAGCGCCCUGAUGGCAGCCGUGGGGUCGUCGGGUGGCAUGGACGAGCAGGCCAAAGACGAGUGCAUGGGUGCGCUCCUCGGGUCUCUCGAGCAGGACGGCAGGGCCAAGGACGAGUGCCUGCAAGCUUUGAUGACGGCCAUGGGGUCUUCCCAGGACAUGGACAAGACUGCCAAGGCAGAUUGCAUGGGCGCGCUGCUCGGCGCUCUCGAGCAGGACGGCAAUGCCAAGGACGAGUGUCUGCAGGCCCUGAUGGGCGCCAUGGCUGUUUCUGAGGAUGCGGACCAGCAGGCCAAGUCGGACUGCAUGGGUGCGCUGGUCGGCGCUCUCGAGCAGGACGGCAUGGCCAGGGACGAAUGCUUGCAGGCCCUGAUGGGGAGUAUGGUGAGGUCCCAGGAUGAUGAUGGCAAGGCCAAACAGGACUGCCUGGAGGCGCUGAACCUGUCCGAGAACACGAGCGCGAAGGCGAAGGAGGAAGUUCUGGCGGCCAUGAUGCGGUCGUGUGCGUCCGAGGACGGCGAUUCCAAAGCUAGGGCAGACUGCAUGUCUGCCAUGCUGUCGGCGCUGGGCACGGAGGGUGCCGAUCAGAAGGCGCAGCAGGAGUGCCUGUCGGCGCUGGUCGGCGCCAUGGGGCCUCGGGGCAUGGAGGAGGGGGCCAAGGACGAGUGCGUGGCGGCCCUGCUGGCAGCCGUAGUCGAAGACGAGAAGGCGAAGCAGGACUGCAUCAGCGCUGUCCUCCAGAAGAUGUAG